AUUAAAUCAUGCGAUGGCAACCUUUACCCGGAUGACCAUGGUUGCCCAAUGACUGCCUGUCUGUGAGGCAUGGAGGGCAUGGAGGGCAUGGAGGGCAUGCGACACCGGCGGCACGAGGAAUCCUUGGAAGGUCAGAAUCGUGGCGCGCGGCCAGACAUUUAUUCACAGCGCAGGGAUAAUGAGAGUGGGCAGGCGUUUCCUUUUUCGUCAUGUGCAUCUUCUCCAGAAAAAAAUCAUUCAGGAGAACAGCGAAUUGACCUCCAGGGGGCUUUUAUCACUGAACCAGAAUCAUUUUCAUGGGAGGAAAGUUCUUGGAUAUCCUUGGUCGAACAAAGCAUCACCUCGAGCAUAGAAGAACGCGAGACUCUCAUUUGUGAGCUGAAACAGGUUUUGGGGACAGCCUUACUGGAACGUUCAGAGUGGCAACGGAAGGUCAAGACGAUGCGGCGUUUUCGAGUACCUCCAGAGCCAAGGCACUGGCACGAAUCUGCGACAUCCGCGUUGACAUGGCGGACUCGAGAGGUUGAAGGUCUACGAAAGGAAAUCAAACAGCUUGAGAUGAGGCAAAGAGCUGAGCGGCGGGAUGUUUGUCACCUGCGUGCCCGCCAGAAGAGGAGCACUAAUGCACAGGGCUCCUGGUGCAGCCGCAGCACUUUGCAUAGUGGUUUCUCGUGCAGUCUAAACUCCAUGCCGUCGAUGCCGUCCACCUCGAGUGAGAUGCGAAGGACAAACUCAAAAGCAGCGAAACCGACCAAAGGAUUGGGUCGGGAGCUCCACGUAAUUCUCGACGAACAGAAGGACGGAAAAACCCUCGGCGCUCUGGGCAAAGCAAAGCUUGGAACGCCCGAGGUGCGUCCUUUGGGUGGCCUUUGUGCAAGAGCUCACAGGGCUGGGAAGCAGGUGCACGUCUGGGGUUGGGAACCGGGUGACUACUGCUUUCGCGAUGAGACUGUUGCGAAUGCGUCAUUUACGCUUCCGGAUGUGCCUCGUUUGGGCUACCGUGAAGCCAUUUUCGAGGCGCAGCUUCUUCAUGAAGUGAUGAAUGGCUGAACGAAGAGUAUGACUCAGUACGACAUCCACUGGAACCAUCUGGAACCUCUCGAUGAAAGAUGAUGAAAGUGCUUUAUGAAAUCCGCUGGAAGAUGC